AAAACCAUCAAUCUUGACUGCCAAAAUCUGUCUCCUUGGAUCUUAUUCACUCGUUCCUGCUAUUCCUGUACGGAUACUUUUGGUCAGAGAGAGAGAGAGAGAGAGAGAGGGAGAUCUCCGACUCCAUUUUAAGAUCCAAGAUAAGGGUACAUUUUCUAAACCUUUUCUGGAAGAAAUCUCUUCACUUUCUUCACGGGUUGUUUCAUAAUACUCUCGAUGGUUUCAGAUUCUCUUUCUUUCUGUCUUCAAUCUUUGUAAUUCUCUCUCUCUCUCUCUCCUGAUUUAACCAGGUUUUAUUGGACUUCUUUUCUUCCUUUUUCUGAACACAAAGCCAUGGAUUCGGGUAAUAGUGGUGGUAUGCAAUCAUCAAGUGGUGGUGAUGAAGAGUAUGAUUCCAGGGCAGAGUCGAUCUCCCCUUUCUUGAAACCUUCAAGCCACCCACCGCCGCCGCAAUCUCUUCCUCACCUCCACCGUCAACCACCCACUUUGUUUGAUCCACCACCACAUACUGUUGAUGCCUUCUCGCAAUCACCACCAAACCCAGACGCAAAUUCCUUAUACAAUCGCAAUUUAAAGUGCUCCAAACCCCUUAGAUAUGAAGCCAAUAACAUGGACUUCCCAAACUUGACAGGAUUAUCAUCAUCGCCAUUGCAAUCGGCUGUCGGGAAGGCUGCCGAAGCUUCACCGCCGUCCGAGCAAACCCACGUUGUCAGGAACACGAAGAAGCGAACCAGAGCUUCUAGGCGAGCACCAACCACAGUCCUCACCACUGACACAUCGAAUUUCCGGCAAAUGGUGCAACAAUUCACCGGAAUUCCCACUGCUCCAUCCUCGGCGUCACCGUAUUCUCGCCGGAGUGAUCUUUUUGGCCCAAGCUCACCAACGUGGUCUGGGAAUUUAAAAAAGGUUCAGCUCUCACCAUAUGUACUUUCUCUUUCAUCUCCGCCAUUGUGGAACUCCAGUAUGAUUGAUGCUACUCCUGAAACAACCAAUUCUAUUACCACCUCUAUUACUGGUAAUUCCAGUAGUUUGAAUUCAACAACCUACCAACUACCCUCUAAUAUUGGAAUUUCCAAAGAGACCCCAAACUUUUUGAAUAUGCAAAACCAAAUUCUCACAUUCCAGUCUCUUUUACAGUCUUCUUCUCUUCCUCCGUUACUUAAGCACCCAUUAGCCAAUGCAGCCAUUUUUGGCACUAAGUCUCAGGAAAAUUCAAGCAUUCCUUGUCUUGAUGAGUUGGGUCUGAGCCAUGAAAAUGUCAAUACGAACCUUGGUGGAUUUCCAGGCCAUGAGAAGAUAUAGUCCCUACGAAAUGGAGAGAAGGAGAGAAGGGUUUGGAGAAUGUUUCCUCUAGGGAUGAAGGUGCAUGGUGGAUUCAUGGAUAUGUCCUUGUGAUUAGGCUUGUUUUGCAGAAAUAAACAGCACACAAAUUACCAUGAGGAUUACAGAAAAUUAGGAGGUUUGGUGGCUGUUAUCAUAGUUGUAGUGAUGAUUCGUAGACUUAUGUUUUGAACAAAUAACCUGAAUCACUACUCUUUUAGCUAUAAGUUAUAUACAUUACCUUGUUUAUUUUAUAAUACAUGUAAAUGAGCAUUUUUUAUUUUUUUUAUUAUUAUUUUUUGGUUCAAUAGUG